CCGGCUGAAGGGAUUCAGACAUCAUGCAGGCAUCUGUGGGUGGUGACAAACUAUAGCGUGUGCACAAUCCGAGUAACAAACACACACACACGCAGACACACACAGCCAUACUCUGACGGUGAAUUGAGGAGGAAGCUGCUGCGAUGGCGAUGAAAAUGGAUAUAAAUGUCAUCAUAGAGCAAAUGGAGACUGGAGAGCAGGACACAGCUCUGACGGCUCUACAGAGCUACAACAAGGAGAUGAACCAUUGCUUUACAUUCAGCACGGAGGACGAGCGGGACAGAGAGCUUCUGGGGGAGUUGGUGCUUGGUUACCUGAACAGAGAGCUGCAGCCGUCCUGUCAGCUGGCCUGUCUAGAAACAGUUAGAAUCUUGACCAGAGACAAACACUGCCUGGAUCCCUUCAUCAGCCGCUCUUCCAUGGCCACGCUCGCCCGCUACGCCGGCAUUGCCGUGUGCAAUGCUGCCACAGCCAAUCACAACCAGCCAGAGGAGGGCCAAGUGGAGGGUGAGGGAGGAGAGGGCGAGGAGGCAGCAGAAGAAUCCAGCAAAGUGGUGAAGGAAGCCUCCCCUCCUUCAGAAAACUCUGACCAGGAGGUGAUUAUUGAGGCUCUCAAGUCCAUCUGUAACAUCCUGUUACACAACGAGACGGGACAGGUGGUAGCGGCAGACCUACAGCUGAUAAAGGGUGUGGCAGAGAGGCUGAAGCAGUGUCAUGAUCCCACCUGGAACCAUGAGGUGCGUUUCUUUGACCUGCGGCUCACCUUCCUGCUGACAGCCCUGAGAGUGGACGUCAGGGCGCAGCUGGCUCAGGAGCUUCACGGCAUCAAUCUCCUAGGCAACCAGUUGGAUGCCACGCUCGGUCUGUGUUGGCCGGACACACUGGAGACGGCCAGGGCAGGGUUAGAGGACGUCCCACCUGAACAGCUGCCCCCUCUGAGCCGGCAGCAGACAGAAUUAGCCAUGGAAAUACUGAAAAUACUCUUCAACAUCACAUUCGACACAGCCAAACGCAAAGUCGACGAGGAAGAGACAGCAGAGUACAGACAUUUGGGAGCCAUACUGAGACACUGUCUCAUGAGCCAGGCAGAUGGAGAGGAGCGCACUGAGGAGUUCCACAGCCACACUGUUAACUUGCUAGGCAACCUCCCCCUGCCCUGUUUGGAUGUGUUGUUAAAGCCUAAAGUGCAACAAGGCUCCAUUGAGUACAUGGGGGUCAACAUGGACGCUGUCAACAUGCUAGUGGAAUACAUGGAGAAAAGACUGGACCGGGGACAUAAGCUGAAGGAGACGCUUCUGCCAUCUCUGAAUUUGCUGACUGAGAGCUCCCGAAUCCACCGAGAGACCAGGAAGUUCCUCAGGUCAAAGGUGCUGCCUCCACUUCGUGACGUGAAGAACAGGCCAGAGGUGGGCGAUGCUCUGAGAAACAAACUGGUCCGUCUUAUGACACACAUUGACACUGACGUCAAGGACUGCGCCGCCGAAUUCCUCUUUGUUCUCUGCAAAGAAAGUGUUUCCAGGUUCAUUAAGUACACUGGGUACGGUAAUGCUGCAGGUCUGCUGGCUGCCAGAGGACUGCUCAGGGGAGGCAGAGACUCGGGGAUCUACUCUGAAGAUGAGGAUUCGGAGACAGAGGAGUACAGAGAGGCCAAAGCCCAAAUAAACCCAAUAACAGGAGUUGUAGAGGAGGAUCAGCCCAACCCCAUGGAGGGAAUGACAGAGGAGCAGAAAGAACUGGAGGCCAUGAAGCUGGUCCACAUGUUUGACAAACUGUCACGGACUAACCUGAUCCAGCCCAUGCAGCUCGGUAUGGACGGGAAGAUGAGAGAGAUUGCCCCAGAGGACCUGCACAAACUGGCCCACAAUCCUCUGUUCCAGCCAGAGGAGCCAGCUCAUUCAGAGAGUGAAGAUGAGGCUCAGUAAACACAAAAGCAAAGAGGAGGUAACAGAUUCAAGUCCUGCGACAGGUGUGGAAGGUCUGUCUAAUUAUUCUAGAUAUUCACGUCACAUGAUCCAACCUGUUCCUGUUUACAUAUUCUGAUGGGAGGUGAAUUACAGAAAGUUGGGAUCUGUUAAGUCAAAGUGGAAACAAAGGAAUACAUGGGAGGCAGCUUAAAAGACCAUUUUGCAUUUUUGGAAGUGCUAUCCUGUCAACUACAAAUCACCAGUGUUUUACUGCUCGCCAUUUUCCAAAGAUAACUCUUAGUUAAUAGUUUUCUUACCUUUCAUACAUUUGUUUCAGUUCAUUUUAGCACACUAUAAAAAACAACUUGCUUUGGGGCGCUAUGGAUGACAUGCAUUUAAACCUUUGAAACCAGAGCAAGUUGGUUUGCUUUAUUUAAA